UCGUGCGGUGACUCAUGACGAUUGGCCUCCUGGGUGAGGCGAAGUUGGCAGGAUGAUGAGUAGGUGCGCAACGCCAACAACGCAGCUCUCAUUGUUACGUCACGCGGCGGGAGGAGCUGGCUCUCCCGUAUAAAGGAGGGAGCGACUGACACAGGGACAUCUGCUCUUCGCGGAGUCGACUGCUUUCACGUGAGUGGUCGAAACCAUGGUGUACCCGACCACACUUCACAUCAUUGGCGGCCAAGGUGGAAACGCGUUCUCGUUCAACGGGCAGGAGAAUGCGGCGACGCUGCAGAAGCUCUCUGUGAGCGUUGGGGGAUGGCAGGUGAGGGGCGUGCAGGUGUGGCUGACGGACGGGCGCAGGGAGACAUUCGGCGCCAUGGACUCCUCCGCUAAGGAGUUCGAAUUCGAGUCGGGCGAGUUCAUCAAGAGCCUCUCGCUGUGGGGCAACGGAGCCGGCACUCGCCUGGGCGCUAUCAAGUUCAUAACGAGCCGCAGCCGCGAGUUCUUUGCCAAGAUGACGGACUGGGGGCUCAAGACCGAGUACAAGAUCGACGUGGGCUCUGGCAUCUGCCUGGGUGUUCAGGGCCGAGGGGGGUCCGACAUUGACUCCAUGGGCUUCAUCUUCAUCAAUGCCAUAAAGUCGUCGGUGAUCCAGGACAUGAAGUACCCGACCAUGCACCAAAUUCUGCCCAACGUGCAGAUGGAGGAGAUCAAAGAAAUGGAGUACAAGAACGACACCAGCAUCGUGCAAUCGUACACCUUCGAGAGCUCCAAGAAGAUCAUUAAAAAGUCAUCGUGGUCCACCACCAACAAGAUCGAGUCCACCUUCAGCCUGUCGGUGAAGGCCGGCAUCCCCGAGGUCAUGGAGGUGGAGACCGGAUUCAGCUUCACCGUGGGCAGUGAGAGCACGCACGCGGUAGAGGAGUCCGAGGAGAAGACGGAAACGCUCACGUUCCCCGUCACUGUCCCGACGCACAAGACCGUCACCGUGGUCGCCAACAUCGGGCGCGCCGACAUCGACCUUCCGUACACGGCCCUGCUGCGCAUCACCUGCAUGAAUGGCGCAUCCCUUGAUGCUCCCCUGAGCGGCAUCUACAAGGGGCUCACCUACACCAAGAUGACCGCCGUUGCUACCGAGAGCUAGAGCGGCGUUUCGCAGCACCCCUUUUUUUGAUUUGGUGAUGUUGAUGAAGUGUUCUAAAGGAAAGUGCUUCUUUGGCUGUGUAAAAUUCACCAAUAAAAAAGGCCUACAUUGAACCGUU